AGACCUCGCCGACCCCAACACUCAUGAGCCAGGACGACACCGAGGACAGAUCUGGCCCGGCGUUAGGACCUGACGCAGCCAGUGGAUGCCUCAGUUGUGGAGUGGAACAUCUAGAAAUGUCGUCUCAGGGAUCUGUGCUCGCUGUGGGGAAGUGCCUCGCCUGCCUGGAGUUCAUGUGUAAGUAGCUUUUCCUCCAGUCCUCACACAACAGAAGAAACUCUCGUCACUCGUAACCACAGGAAACCUGCUGAGAGAGCGUGAAGCCUGAGCUAACGGCGACGUAGAAAACCCUCCGGCCUGGAGUUGAUUGAACAUUCUGAAGUCGUGCUGUGACUGUUUGACAUAAGCAAGCGCUAAAGGUCGUCGUGUACGAGACAUUUACCUAGAGUCAGCAGGAUGAAGUCAGGUGUUAACUGAAGAGUUUGCUCACAGCUGAGCUGGAAGGAUGUUGUCAUUCGGCUGUGACCAGGGGAGGAAGUGGUAGUUAUUAAGUAAUGUGUAGAUAUAUAUAUAUAUAUAGAGAGAGUGGUGCAGCUGUCACCUGUGAGUUUUCUUUCUCACCUUAUCAGUAAUUUUUAAAUAUAUUUCAUAUAUAUCGCCCCCCCCCUUCAAGCUGGCAGUUAUAGUUAUAACUUUUUUAGGGCCAAUAAAUCUUUUUCUUUUUCAAAUUUCAGCUUUCACUGCAGCAAGACUCUCUGUUUCCUUCCGUCCUGCACUGCACAGAUGCACAGGACUUAUUCAAUGAGUUGCUGUAAAUAUUUUUUCAGCACAGCAAAGUUCAGCCUGAGUUUACUGCUUUGUUUGCUUGUUGGAAUCAGACAUUUAAAUUCAACUAAUGGCAUUUAUGAACUGGAGGAGGAAAUAUGAGCGUCAUCUCCAUCUGACAAGUUUUGGUCCGAGCGAUGCUCCAGCUCUGGCCACUGCUGCACCUCCUCCAAAUAUUGAAAUGAUCGAUUCUGUCAGCAUUAUAUUUCUUUAACUGCUGUCCCUUUCCCUGGUCAUGCUUCUUCCCACACAGGAUUUUUUUUAAAUGGUUUUUACAGUUAAACUGCAAAUACUUGACUUGUCAUGAGUUUUUUUCUGAUUUUUUUUUUUUUUUUACUUUCAGCUAUUUACAGCGACAAUCAGGUUUUCUUUGCUGUCUGCUUCAGAAAUGUGUAGAAUUGAGAAAGAAACGCAGAAAAGCUAACGUGACAGAUUUUUUUCAUAUGUACAUGACAAAUAUUUACAUUGCAAACUAUAUUGACUCAAGAGAAUUUGGUGUUAUGACUCAUUUCUGGCUCUUUGGUUAGAAGACUGAGAUCCGACUUUCUUUUCUUUAAAAACAAAACAAAACAUUCAGCUGUGGUGAGGCUGAGAACCUUAAGUGUUAACUGACAAUUUGCCUUUUGUUUCAUUAAUAUUUUUCAUUAUUUCUUUUAUUUAUUUUCUUUUUGAGUGUUUGAGUCAUAUUUAGUAGUUCUUGAAAUCAUCUUUAAUCUUUAUCAGUUUGUUGAAUUAACGAUUUAACGUCUUUCAGGGCAGUUUCCUCCAUUUAUUUUGCUUAAUAAGAACAACAUUUAUAGACAUAUUUCGGCCUCGAACAGACCCCUGUGUAACAUUAUUGGCUGUGACGUCAUGGGUGGGCGUCCACCCAUGGGCUCGUGUUGUUGUUGCUGCUCGGGAACACGUGAGCAGCGGUGGCGCCUCCUACUGGCGGGAGAAGCGGAGAAAACACAACAACCAGAGAGCAGAAGCAGCAGCAGGAGCGCGCGCGCGAGGUUCGGACCCAGAACCUGGUACCGACGAGCCUGAGCAGACCGCGCGGGAGGAUCCUGUCGCCUCCCGAUGCCCGACAGUCGCGUGUUCCCGGUGUGGCGGGGGAUCGGGGCCACUGGUGGGGUGGCAGCAGCGUGGAGCCAGGGAUGGGGCCGCUGCCUGAGAUGGGAACCCGCCGCAGCGGCCCGGGACGGAGCCCAGAUCCCGGUGUCCGAGUACCCGGUGUGGUUGCUGCUCUGCAGGGGGGGCCACGCCCGGAUCCGGGAGGUGUGUCAGAGAGGGAGGGGGGCCAUGAGGCUGCCCAGCCACCUGCUGAGCAUCAAGCCCCCUCAGCUGCUGGACGUGGACCAGGUGCCUGAGGUGUUUUGGGAGGACGGCAUCAUCUCUGGAUACCGACACCCUCAGAGCUCGGCGCUGGACUGCCUCCUCAGCAGCUUCCACAUGACCAACGAGACCGUCAACAUCUGGACCCACUUCCUGCCGACAUGGUACUUUGUGUGGCACUUGAGCGCCCUCUCCUGCAGCCUCAGCUUCCUGAGCGACAGCUACACCUGGCCACUGCUGGUCUACAUGCUGCUCAUCUGCAUCUACCCCUUCACCUCCAGCCUGGCUCACACCUUCAGCACCAUGUCGCCCGAGUCCAGACACAUCUGCUACUUCUUCGACUACGGAGCGCUGAGCCUCUACAGUCUGGGUUGUGCCAUCAGCUACUGCUACUACGUCAUGCCGGACUGUUGGGUGAACACGUGGCUCCACCAGCACUUCGUCCUCAUCGCCGUGGGAAACUCUCUCCUCUGCACCAGCCUGUCCUGCUACUCCAGGUUCCUGGAGGUCCAGUUUCCCAAGCGAAGUAAAGUGGUCCGCACGGCGGCGUUUGUGAUCCCGUUCAUCUUCGACACGGCGCCGCUCUUCUACAGGAUCCUCUUGUGUUGUGGAGGGAACUGCGGCUCCGGCGAAGCCUUGUCCAACCACUGCUACCACCUGCUCUUCGCCUUCCUCACCUGCUUCCUCUUCACCUCCCACCUGCCUGAGAGACUGGCACCUGGGCGCUUCGACUACUUUGGUCACAGCCACCAGCUGUUCCACAUCAGCGCCGUGGUCGGCACCCACUUCCAGAUGCAGGGCGUGAUCGCCGACAUGAGCUCGCGGCGGUCGUGGCUCCUCGCUCACGGCGUCGCGCCCUCUCUGCUCGGCACUGUUGGCGCCGUGACGGUCAGUCUGCUCCUCAACCUCGGGAUCAUCGGCAUCUUCAGCGCGCCGCUGCUGUGGAAGUCCUGCUGCUCCUCCGCCUCAGACAGCAAGGAGCAGUGAGACCCGCCGCUCUGACUGGCGGCACCGGAGCGCUCUGUGGUUUCCCUCCAGAGGACACAUGAGGGCGCGAGCGACUCGGACCUCAGUUUGAAAUGAUGGUUUCCAUGGUGACCACCGCGUGGCCUCUCGCCCCCUGCUGGCAUAAAGCAGUGACCAUGUCCUCAGACGAAGAGCCUCAGUGUCGUGCCUGGCUUUGUUUCACGGUGAACUCACCUCCCGAACAGCUUGCCAUGUUUACAACCUUCUAACUCGUCUGGAGCACUUUUAACCCUCGCUGGUCCGACACACCUCUUGUUCAAAUGUUGACCAACACUGUGGUACUUUUUUUGAAAUAGAUAUUUUUAUUUUGUUACAAUUCAUAGAAGAUGCUGUUUAAAAAGUUAAAAUUUGUGUUCCGAGAUUUAUAUUGUUCUUUGACCUCAAUGCAAGGCCGAAACUCAAACUAAACACAUUCCAUCUUCUUUUCAUUACCUAAGAUGCAAUAACAGAUUUCGUUUUGAUAAUAUGUAAGAUAAAGUAUAUAUUUGGUUUAUAUCAAAGUAAAUAAAAACAUAUCGAUUUGGUAAUUGAAAUAUUGGAAAAAAAAACUUUUUUGUAUAAAUUUUUCAGUUACAUACUUGUAUUAUUAAAAGAAAGAAAACAACAGAAAAUAAUCUGAAUAUUACUGCAAAUAUUUUAACAUCAUUUAACUUAUCCAAAGUGAAACCUAAUAAAUGUAUAGUUUAUUUAUCCUUUCAAAUGAUCUGUUAAGUUAGUGAUUGGCUGCUUUUCUAAGAUAACGUUUAAUGCCUUUUCCCAAAAAACUCCUUUUCUAAUAAAAACACAUUCUAAUGUAGGAAAUUCACCGUUUAUUCAUGACAGAGUUUGGAAUAUUGUCUCCACAACAUGUUUUUGUGUUCAUUUUUCUGUCAGAGGUUUUGUCACACACUUGAACUGUAAAGCUUCUGGUGACACUUGUUUCUCAAACUGUUGAGGUUCCGCAGCACAAUGACUGGGUUUAUAUGAGCUGCAGCUGAUGGUCGGCUUUCACGUGGUCUCGGGUUCAAUUCCCACCUCAUUCCUCUGCACUGUAGUUUACAUGUUAACCAAUUCCUUUUGAUUCCAAGUGACGGCUGAGUGCAAACAGUGAAGCGGUCAUGUGACCUAUCCGUGUCCAAGAGACGAGACACAGCCAGCGAGAAAGCAACCUGUAGGUGACGUGUGGAUGAGUAAGCGUAGCUUCACAGGGUGUCGGACGUAGGUAGGUCUUUCCCAGGUCGGCUCUUCACUCGCCUUUCGAUGCCGACAAGAGUGUAGCACUAAGGUUCUUGUCUUCCUCUCCCUCCACUCCAUCAUUCCGUCAGCGCCCCAUUCUUGUCUUUACUGUUCAGAACCUGGAGUUUGUCUGAGAAGUUUGUGGCAGAGAGAAAAGUGCAGGAGUCAUGUGGAAGGAAAAAGUAGCUGGUGCCUUUUUAUGGUUUUAUACUUUUGUAUCCUCUGUCUUAAAGUACUUGUAUUUGUGUGUCACUCGCUGCUUUAUUUGUGUAAUAAAUGUUUCU